AUAAAAAAAUACACAGAAUAAGACGAAGAGCUUGAAACAAAACAUUAUUUCGACCGUAUCAAUUUCUGCAGCUCAACAAACGCAAAAUGACUUUUUUAAUGAAUUUCUUUACGUUUAUUUUCAAGGUAGUAACGUUGCCACUACAAUUAAUGGAAGUGGUUGGCAUAUAUGGCAUCUACAAGCGUUUCUUUCCAUUUCUAAUUUACAAGAUAUCUUUCACCUACAACAAGAAAAUGAACGACAAAAAGAAGGAUCUUUUCAGCAAUCUCUCAGAGUUCACCAAAGGCAAUGGCCCGCUUCGCAUUUUGGAGAUUGGUUGCGGAAGCGGGGCUAACUUUGAAUUCUACCCGUCUGGUUGCAAGGUGAUUUGCACCGACCCCAAUCCUCACUUCGAGAAGUAUCUACAAAAAAGUCUGGCUGUCAAUGAUCACCUAACAUUUGAAAGAUUUGUGGUCGCUUUCGGAGAGGACAUGGGGGCAGUGAAAGAUGACUCGGUGGACGUUGUCGUCUGCACGCUGGUGCUGUGUUCUGUCAACGACAUACGGCGAACAUUGCAGGAAGCGCAUCGCAUAUUGAGGCUUGGUGGUGCGCUGUACUUUUUGGAGCAUGUAGUGGCAGACCCAUCUUCUUGGACAUAUUUCUUCCAGCACGUCUUCCAGCCGAUAUGGUACUACUUUGGGGAUGGAUGUGAAGUAGUCAGGGCGACAUGGAAACAUCUGGAGACUGCUGGGUUCUCUGAGCUCAAACUGAGGCACAUCGAGGCACCACUCAACUUCAUGAUCAAACCACAUAUUAUAGGCUAUGCUGUCAAGUAAAGUUUGACUAAAAAAUCUAAAAAGCACUUGAACAUCUGAGUUAUCUCGUUGCAAGUGUGUGGGAAUAAUGUGAUGACAGUUUAAAGAAAAAAUAAACCCGCACAGUGCUCUUGUUUGUAUCACUUGUUCCUAUGCAGGCUUUAAUAUAAUACGUCAUAAGCAAGA